GCGAGCGGCGGGGCGGAGCGUUUGACCCCCGAGCGAAACGGCAGCGCGCGACCCCGCUUUCCACCCGCCAGUACCGCACGCACGCGCUCCACCGUUGCAUGGAUUACGCCGUUUCCCUGCAGCUUCAGCACGAGCUCGCCGAGCCCCCGACGCGUUUACACCGCGACUACACUCUGCAGCUACAGAUGAAGUCAACGGAAGUGGAGCAGGGCCUUUUCACGGACACCUACUGCAAAGUGUGCAGUGCACAGCUCAUCUCCGAGUCUCAGAGAGUGGCACACUACGAGGUCAGGACUCUUCUCUUCCAAUCUGUCCAUCAUUCCGACUUCCCAUCUGUUAGCCUUCUUCGUCUUCUGUCUGUGCCAUUCGACGAUGCGAGUCGAAAACAUGCGAACAAAGUGCGUCUCUACUACAUGCUUCACCCAGUGGACGGAGGAUGUCCGGCCAAGAAACUACGGACACACAACGGCAGCGAGGAAGGAGACGUAGACAAGAAUAAGUGCUGCACGUUGUGUAACAUGUCCUUCACCUCAGCUGUAGUUGCGCAGUCGCACUAUCAAGGCAAGAUCCACGCUAAGAGACUUAAACUAGUGCUGGGAGAGCAGCCUAGCAUCACGGGGAAAGAGGUGGCACCCAGUCCAGUUAAAAUGCCAUCUGAAAGCUGGCCACAGCUGAACGGGGACUCAGAUCGGUACUGCCAGCUGUGCCAUGCAUGGUUCAACAACCCGGGCAUGGCGCGACAACAUUACGAUGGCAAGAAACACAAGAAGAACGCAGCACGUGCCGACCUGCUGGAGCAGUUGGGCAAGACACUGGACAUGGGCGAAAUGAAAGGUCUGAAGCGCAGCUACACUUGCGACGUGUGCAGCGUCACGCUCAACUCCGUGGCACAGUACCACGCACACCUGCAGGGCUCCAAACACCAAAACAACUUGAAGAAUCAGUUAUGUGUCCAGUAAAAGCUGUGCAGGAAGCUAACUGUCAGAUUGAUUGAUGUCACACGGGCUUUGAUCAGCUCGCCCUGAAAUCUCUGCCUCUUCCCUUCGUCUGUUACUUUCUCAAGUUCCGCAUUUUGUAGUCACCGUCUGUCCGUCCCAACCAGAAAGACCAAAUGAUUUUUCUUUUUUUAGAGAGAGAAUUUCAUUUAAACCCACUGCAUAAGAAAUAUUUUGUUUUAUUGCCCUGACUUUGACACAUAGAUUGCAUUUUUUCACGUCAUGUUUGUAGGAUUAUUUACAGAACCGUAUCUUGCGUAUCGUCUUUGUACGUUUGCGGGUUGAACGACUUUCAUUGCGUUCUGUCACCCAGGUGUUGCGAUGAUGCAUGAGCGAUUUUUUUUUUUUUUUUUAAUUUUCAACCCAGCUAAGCAAUAUGUAUGAAAAAAUCUGCCAAAUGUAUUAUUGAUGAAAUGGUUUCUGAGUUCAUAGCAACACUGAAAGAGAAAAAUGACAAAUAGUACUUUAAAGUCAGAUGUACAACAAGGGCAUUGUGGGUAUUCUGAUAGGAGAUAUGGCCAUAUCAUCAGGGUUUGAAAUACAAAGAUUUCACCAGUUCUUUCGUUAUAUUAAAAGGUUUAAAUUGACUAGUGCAACACAUUUUCUUCCUCAUUUUACCCCAAAUAUAGUGGAUCAACCAACAUUUGGUGUCAGAUGUUUGCAUUUUUUAGUUUUUGCCCUGGAGCUUCAUAGCUAACGAGUAUGAAAAAGCUUCAAGCCUUCAGUUUAGCAUCAUUUAUCUGCAUGCCCAAGCAAACUUCAGACCAAACCAUGUUAAUCAACUAUAUUUGAGCUAAUGAGGAAAUGUGUGUAAAUUUUGACAUUCAGUCUAGUUUUAAAAGUAUUGUGACUGUGUGUACUUUGUAAUAUUACAAAAAAAAUAUAUACAUCCAUUUUCUUUGAAUAUAUAUAGUAUAUACUACAUUUGUAAGUGUGACUAUUGAAUUCUUAUAGGUAUUAAUCUAAGGGAGAAGACCUACAUUGUCAUUUUAUAAUGAUUGAAUUAGAUUAUUUAUUAUUAGGGGGAAAAAAUAGCAUUUAUUUUUAUUGUCAUUAAUGACUUACUUGUGUAUGUUUGAAAGUCAUUUUAUGUUGCUUAUGUGUCUGGGUAUUUGUCCUUUUGUUUGUUUGUUUGUUUGUUUUUUUAAUCUGACGUUUAUUUUAUUAUAAACAAUGGAUGCGUUAUAUAAUAUUAAAGAGGCUGAUUUGAGUUUUUGAAGGAAAAGUUCAGGAAAGGAAAUGACGCAUCAUUUCUCUGUCUUUAGUUUUUACACCCGAGUUAUGAAGCUAAUGUAGACAUUGUAAAGGUGAUACAUUAUGCUAGCAGGAUUUUUGAAGUGGAGCUAUAAGGCAUUCAUUGGCUCAUUUGUUACAAUCUGUAUGGGAAAAAUGUGUAAAUUUGCUCGGUUUCCUGAACUUUUUCUUUAACACGAUUCAUCUCCUUAACUUUAGGGAAAAAAAAUGAAUAACAUUCAGUAUCGACGAUGCCGAUUCUGUGCACGAACAAGUCAGCAUAAAUGUUCUGAAAGUCUGAGUAAUCUGGUUUGCUCAUUGUUGCACUGAAGCCGUGUGUGAAUGGUGGCGUGUUCCCUUAUAGAGAGCAAGCUUCAGUUCUACCUGAACACACUCCCUCUUUGUGCUAUAGAUCAUGCGAUCAACUGUAAAUAUUGAAUAAAAGACGCUUGCA